CAGCAACGAGGAUGAUAUGAUCAUAGAUUCCGUCGGGGAGGACGACAAUUCUACAGGUCGUGGGGUCCCGAUGCAACAACGUGAAGCUUUUCAAAAUAACCCCUCCGACGCCGGCGCAGACAACGAGGAAGAAGAGCUGUCGGAGCGGACAAAGGAGCAUAAAAGGAAGCGAAAGGCGCGAAAGGAGGAGCGCAGACGGAGGCGGGAGGCCCGGGAACUUCUAGGUGGAACAAGCGGUACACCUCCUGUGCUAGAGGACAUCAUGAAUAAUUACGACGAAAAUCAGCACGCGGAUCGGUUUGACAGCGUCGAGCAAAUGGGAAUAACUGCGGCGAGCGGUGGAGCUCGUGCAAACGGGAUGAAAACGAUACUGACUGGUACUGGCGCUGCCGCUGCGUCAUCGUCAUCGAGUACGGGCAAAAGAAAU